ACCUCCCCCAGACACUCUGCUGCCAUGGCCCGGGAGAACGGGGAGAGCAGCUCCUCCUGGAAAAAACAAGCCGAGGACAUCAAGAAGAUUUUCGAGUUCAAGGAGACCCUGGGAACUGGUGCAUUUUCUGAAGUGGUUUUAGCAGAAGAGAAAGCAACUGGAAAACUCUUUGCAGUGAAAUGCAUCCCUAAGAAGGCACUAAAAGGCAAGGAAAGCAGCAUAGAGAAUGAAAUUGCUGUUCUGAGAAAAAUUAAACAUGAAAAUAUCGUUGCUCUGGAAGAUAUUUACGAAAGUCCAAACCACUUAUACUUGGUUAUGCAGCUUGUAUCCGGCGGGGAGCUUUUUGAUCGAAUAGUGGAGAAAGGAUUUUACACGGAAAAAGAUGCCAGUACUCUAAUCCGCCAGGUCUUGGAUGCAGUCUACUAUCUCCAUAGGAUGGGAAUUGUACAUAGGGACCUCAAGCCUGAAAAUCUUUUGUACUACAGCCAGGAUGAGGAGUCCAAAAUCAUGAUCAGUGACUUUGGGUUGUCCAAAAUGGAAGGUAAAGGAGAUGUCAUGUCUACAGCAUGUGGCACUCCAGGAUAUGUGGCUCCGGAAGUUCUUGCGCAGAAACCUUAUAGCAAAGCAGUUGACUGCUGGUCCAUCGGUGUGAUUGCCUACAUAUUACUCUGCGGUUACCCUCCCUUCUAUGACGAAAACGACUCCAAACUCUUUGAGCAGAUUCUCAAGGCAGAAUAUGAAUUUGACUCCCCUUAUUGGGAUGACAUCUCAGAUUCUGCUAAAGAUUUCAUUCGGAAUUUGAUGGAGAAAGAUCCCAAUAAAAGAUAUACAUGUGAGCAGGCAGCUCGGCACCCCUGGAUUGCUGGUGAUACAGCCCUCUGCAAAAACAUCCAUGAGUCAGUCAGUGCCCAGAUUCGGAAGAACUUUGCAAAAAGCAAAUGGAGACAAGCAUUCAAUGCCACAGCCGUUGUGAGGCAUAUGAGGAAACUGCAUCUUGGCAGCAGCCUGGACAGUUCAAACGCAAGUGUGUCAAGCAACCUCAGUCUGGCCAGCCAGCUCCCUGAUGGGACAACCCGAAAAGAUUGCCUGGCAUCCUCCACGCUCUGUAGUUUUAUUUCCUCCUCUUCGGGUGUCUCUGCAGUAGGAGCUGAGCGGAGACCGAGGCCAACCACUGUGACCACAGUCCACACUGGCAGCAAGUGACUGUCCCCAGAGGUGGAGGCCGGGCUGGUGGGGGAGAGGGAAGAGCUAGGAAAGAAGGCCCCACCAGUGGCCAGCAGGACGUGAUCUCACCUGAGUGAUUUCACCUUGCAUGGUGCCCCUUCCUGCACAGGACUGGAAGACAGAAGCUUUUUUUAUGGCCAUAUUUUAUACUGCAAUUCUGAAGUGUUCAUUUCUCACGAACUUUACAGACUCAAGGGGAGCCAAUUUAACUGGUUGGAUCUGGUGCUGUAUAUAUGAGUCUAGAGAUGCUCUAACUGAAUGGACCUUCGCAUUCCUCACCCCCAUUCCCCAGUCAUUUACUCUCUUCUCAGUGUAGGUAACAGUAUAUGUUGUAUUUUUUCAUUAAUGAAAAAAAAGGUUUCAACUGGAUUAUUUAAAUAUUGGUAACUUUUGUGCAUUAGGUAUUUCUUUUCAUUUUAAGAAGUUUUUCUUUUUAAAUCUAUACUUCUUCAGUCACAUGAAGCCCUUUAGUAAGUAGAGAUUUCCAUCAUCCCCACCUACAGAUUAUUUUUAUCUCCAGGGGGUUGAAAAUGGUUUUCUAAAGAUCUACCAAAAUAGGAUAGAGGAUCUGUCUCCCAAUAUAAUUGUUCACUUGGCUUCGAUUACUCCUUUUUAUUAUCUCCCUUCUCAGGAGGGGCAGCUCACUGCACAAGACAACCCAGCCAUUAAGCAUUCGAGAUUAUUCUCUUCUGAGAAGGCUUUCCUAGAAGUGUGCUGCCUGGCGUGACCCUUUCCACAUCAGCCAUCCCAGAACGCUCAACAAACAAGUGGAGAAACAGUAGCCAUGGCAUGAGAUUUAAGUCAUACAGAACACAAAGCCUAUUCCCUAGAGGCCUGAAACUUAAGAAACUCCCAUGCCAGCGAGGAAAGGGCUGCCCUUCCACGCCUGACUGACCAGAGCUCUGGAGUUCAGAAAGGAAGCCUGGUUUUCUGGGGAAAAGAGCCCUUCCUCUGGGGAUGACCUACAGAGAUGGUGUUUCCAUGGCAACUUUACAGUAUAAAUUUGCUAUGGUUGACAUGCUUAUACACUGAUGUUUUGAAAAGCCUUCCUUACAUAAGAAAUCUACCACAAUUUUAUUGUAUAAGUCUACUGCCCACACACAACUAUCCUUUCUCAGAAGAGGGGUGACAUUUGAAAACUGCCCUCUUUCUUAAAGCUAUGCAGAUUAAAAUAUCUCUUUCAACUUUUUGGAAAAGAUUUUUCAUUAUCAAUUGAAAAUCCCUCCUCCCCCCAACUCAUAAAAGUUGCUAUUCCAGCUCUCCAACCUAUUCCCAUCUGGAUUGGUGGGGAGAAUCAAGGGAGAGUUCAUUUCACUGGCCACAUUCAGUACACAUUUAGUGGAGAAAACAAGUGACAACACCCAUAUUGGCUUAGUGAGUUGCAGCUGGCACUUUUAGGCCAGUCACAGAAUUUGUAGAAUUAGAAGAACCAAAGACCCAUCUCUAGGUACACACCACUAGCAAGUGCAGAGUAAAAAGGGUGAAUUUGUUCUUCAAGCAGACUUCAUGGAUGCUGUUUAGAGGAAGCAUGAGAGAGACAUGGUGGUUCAGAAUGCUGACUUUGCAAAGGAUGGCAUCCUGAGCACAGAAUUCCUGAAUCAGCAUCUGGCCAUUGGGAGUACCCAAUAAGAUGCACCAGAUGUCAGCGAUAUACACCAGAUUUCAACAAUCCACCUACUUCCCUGGGAAUAAACUGUCCUGGCCUUUGUCCUUCUGCCCUCCUCACGUAGAAAGAUAAUCUUUCACGAGUCAAUUGAAUUCGAAAAACCUCAAAUGCCUUUGUACAACUAGGUUUCCUUAGGUUAUAUCCCCCUCAUCUCCCCACCUUUGUCAGUCUCCAAACAAAUAUAACUUAGUUACAUUCACCAGGGUGUUAGCAUUACAUAUGCUCCUUGCCCUGCGUCUUUGAAGAUGACACAACUAACAGGGAAAUACUCGUGCAAGGCUGCACGACUAGAAAGACAGGCUAGGGCAAAUCCUUUAGCAGCAACGGCUGUUGCUGCUGCUUUGGGACCCAUCAUGCUCUGAACAUGGUAAAAAGAAAGCAAGUUGUCUUUUGCAGAUUGAUUACGUUUGGAACAUCAGGAAAUAUAUCAACUUAGAUUUUUUCAGAAAGGAGUGUCAUGUGGGUUGGAAAGACACUAAUAAUUGUGUGCAGCUGUUGUGUCCAGACAGUUUUCAACUUCAGAAGGAGAAUGAUCUUUGUAUCAAUAGAGUAUUCAAGAAAAGUCCAGUGUUUCACCAAGAAAUUAAUAGUCUUCACCUGCAUGACUAAUGGGGAACAUCAAAGCUUAUGCAAUUCAUGAUUGCAAAAUGACAAAUGAUACUUUGCAAGGAGUCCUUAGUCUGGCGCUGCAGUGCAUGCUUAAAAAGACAACAUAGCCUUGUGUGCUGUGUAAUAGCAUCUGCAUUUAUAAAGCAAAAUUUGAAGCUAUAUUCUAGAAGUUAACCACGAUGACAAAGAUUUUUCUUUUUCUGGAGGAAAUUUAUGAGGUGCAUGUUAUACAAAGAGCGCAUGCAAUUAAUCUGAAAUAAUGACUCGAUUUGAAGAUUCCAAACAGCUACAAAGCUUUAAAAAAAAUCUCAUUUGUGGAUAUGCUCUUUAAGUUGGGUCAUUUCUCUGACAUUGUGCAGGACUGCAGUAAUAUCCCUCUGUCUCACUUCAGCACUAUUAUAGUAGGGGGACCAAUUUAAGCAUCUUUUCUAUGUAAAAUAUGACAAUGCAGGCUGGACUUGGUAUCCCCUCAUACCUUGUCCCUAGAAUAGGAUGGAUCUUUCCACUGAAAUUAUAUGCUUUAAGAGGGUAUGUGGAAUAUUAAGCCUCUCAAGUUGGUAAAAGAAAAAUGACUAAUUCUCCUUGAACAAUGAAUUUGUUAAGCACUUAUGUGUGAGGCACCAUGUGAGGUACUGGGGAUACAAAUGGCAGGAUAGGCCAUUAUUACAAAAUGGGAAAAGCAAGGAUUUUACUAGGAAUAGUCAACCUAGAGAAGACUUGGGGUUGAAGGCAUGCUGUUGGGCUUUAAAUGUGCAAAAGCCUGCCUUACAGGAGAGGGAUGAGACUUAUUCGUGUGGCCCCAAGAGAUCCAAACUAGGAGGAAUGGGUGGGAUUUGUAGAGAUGCAGAUUUAAGGUUGAUGUUAGGAAAAACUGACUAGCAAUCAGAGUGGCCCCAAAGUAGAAUAGGCUGCCUCCAGAAGCAGUCUGUCAAUUAAUAAGGGUUUAUUAACUGCUUACUGUAUGUGCUGGGGAUAGAAAGAAAGGCAAAAAAGCAAGCCCUUGUCCCCAAGGAGUUUAUAGUCUAGUGUGAAACAACAUGUAAAUCACUAGGGACAUACAAUGUGGAUAGAAGGCAAUCUGAAAGGGGAAGGUGCUUCCCAAGGCUGGAAAUCUUCAAGCAGAGGCCCAGUGGCCACUUGUCAGGGAUGGGUAAUGGUGAUUCCUGUUGAGGACUGGCUUAAACUAGGACCCUCACAAUUUCAUGAGUCUGUGAUUCUGUUUGGACUUUGGCUUCGCCAGGAAAGGAUUCUGUUUUGGUAGCAUGGUUUUCAGGAUCCUGUUUGUUAAACAAUGGGUUUAUAAUUAUAACUGAAGCCAGUCUAGUUUGAGCAAAGCAGAAAGAUGAGGGAUAGAUAGCACAUGAUCACUGGCUUCAAAGAAACUCAGCUAACAUCUUCUUUCAUAGGCCCAUGGUCCAUAUUUGGCUCUUUUAACUCUGUACAGGAAGCAUCUCCUCCGCCCUUCCCUCUCUCUCUCCCAAAACUAGAGGAAAUAUUUUGAAUUGACGUCUAAAUAUCUUACCCUGGUUCUUUCUACUGCUCCCCUACCCACUUACCUCCCAUCCUUCCCUGGCAGACUUGACCAUUAUUUUCCCUGAAACACACACAAAGGUUCUGUCCAGACUCUGCCCUUUGGGACUAAUGCUGAGGAAGAGAGGAAGGCAAGCUCCUGGGGUACCAUUCUGGUUUCUCCUCACAGAGCAGCCCUUUUCUCACCACUGUACUCUCUAGACUGCCCCCCCCACCCCCGCUCCUACUUCUAGCUUCUCCACUGGAGCACCACCUUCUCUCCCUCCCAGAUAUCACGUGGAUUGGAAUCCUGGCCAUCAGCUUUGUUUGGUAGGGACAGAGGGAAAGAGAAAGGCACCAAUGGAAAGCGUGUAACUCCAAAAGGCCCUUGAGACCUGACUUAGGAGCUCUGUCUAGGCAGCAAGCGGCCUCUUUGCCAUUCCGGUUCUGUAAGUGAAGAGAUGGAUUGAGGACAGCCUUUUUAUUUCAUGCCGUGACCCUGGGCAAGUCACUUAACCGCUGUCUGCCUCAGUUUCCCUGUCUGUAAAAUGGGGACAAUA